UAUGAAGACAAGAGCUUCUGGGGUCACUGCUACGAAUGUAGCAGUGAUCACCUUAACCCGUGGUCCUGUGAACAAUGCAAUUCCAUCCAGGCAGAAAAAGGCAGCUGGAUGAUUUACGAGAAUCCCAAUUACUCAGAUCACCGGUACUUUUUAAAAAGGGGAGACUAUCCUGACUUCCAAAAGUGGUUCAGUCUCUGUGACUCCAUCAGGUCUUGCCAUGUAAUCCUGCAAGUGAGUUCUGCUUGGCAGUUUUCCCACAAGAUUCAGCUCCACGAAAAAGAGGAGCUCCAAGGCCAAAUGUUGGAGCACACUGAUGUUUGCCCAUCAGUCCGCUACAUCCAUCUCCCUGACAUCUGCUCCCUCAAUGUUUCAGGUGGUUCUUGGAUCUUGUAUGAAAUGCCCAGCUUCAGAGGCCGACAGUACUUACUGAAACCCAGAGAACACAGAAGAUUCCUUGACUGGGGUGCAGCAAAUACCAAAAUUGUCUCUUUGCAGAGACUGGAUGACUUACACUGA